CACCAUUCGUAUCCUUAUCACAUAUAUCAUAUAUCAACUACAGCUCACCAUUCUUAUCCAUACUACAUAUAUCAGAUAUCAACUACAGUCCACCAUUCUUAUAUAUUAUACCACAGAUAUCAUCUACAAUAUAAAAUACCAAAUACAACUCACCAUUCGUAUCCUUAUCACAUAUAUCAUAUAUCAACUACAGCUCACCAUUCUUAUCCAUACUACAUAUAUCAGAUAUCAACUACAGUCCACCAUUCUUAUAUAUUAUACCACAGAUAUCAUCUACAGUAUCAGAUAUUAACUACAGCUCAUCAUUCUUAUCCAUACCACAGAUCUACAGUUCAUCAUUCUUAUCCAUACCGCAGGUAUCAACUACAGGACAUCAUUCUUAUCAAUACCACA